AGACAGAGAAGGAGAGAAAGAACGAAAGAAAGAAAAGGAGAUGCAGGAGAAAAAGAAAGUGGGAGAGAGAGAAAAAAAUUGAAAAAAGUACAGAAGGGAGGGAGAAGAAUAAGACAGAGGAGAGAGAGGUAAAUGUACACAGCAUCAUAGUUCUUAUGCAGAAGUUUAAGUGUUUGCACACUGACGGUCAACAGACUUCAACACGCUGUUCAGAGAGAAGAAGUGGACAGGACGGCAAUAUCACAGCAGAGGAGCACAAAAAAAAGAGAAAGGAAAGACACAUCUCAUUCCCUGAUAAACUCAGCCACUUCUUCACCAUGACCGUUUCGACUGCAACGAUGAUGGUGCCUAUGAUGGUUGUGGCGUUUUUGUCUCCAUGUCUUGGGAUGAGCAAUGAAGUGGAUUAUGGGAAUUGGAACUACAGAGACGGAGCGGAGAAUGUGAACGUGGCUAACAUACGCAGCGUGACUCGAGUGUUGGACGCCUGGGGCAAACGCAUAUUCAAAGAUAUCAAGACUCUCUUACACUCACAACCCAAUGCCCUUCUGCCAGACUACUCCAGGGUUCGUCCUCUCUCAGAGUCCCUAAAUGAUCUUUUCAGAGAAGUCUCCCACUUACAGAGGCGCAUCACAGAUCUUAACAAUCGCCUAGCAACCCUGGAACCCUUCCUCCGUCAUCAUGGUUACCGAGAGGAGGGGGAGGAAGGAGGGGAUGGCAAGGAACCGGCUCCUCAGAGUGGGGGACCAAGUCAAGCGAAGUAUCCACGGCGCUACGUGGUUCGAGUGGUUCGUCCUGCGAACAGGGUGGUGAGAACCAGACGAGUCAAAGUGUUCAAAAAUGAAAAUGGAAGGGUUAAAGAGAGCGAGAGGUAGAGGGAUAGACGAAAGAUUUGCAAAUAUUACAAUCAGAUGCAUUAAUGUUAUUCAGGAAAUAUCCUUUAUAUUGGAGAUAAAAUAUACAGUAAUUCACAUAUUAAAAAUGUUAGUAUACUAUAUAAGUGUGCAUUCAUUUUCUUUUGUCUGUACUCCUUCACGUUUGGGUCUCAAAGGUGCAAUUAAAGUUCCCUGGCAGAAAAGCGAAUGCUGGGAAUGUUGAUUGUGGAAAACUUUCCCAGCAGGAUAAUACCAAAUGA